AUGCUACAUGGACGACUGACGCCGCUUGGCACGCAGCUGCGUCAGGUGCUGGCCCAUCUCUCACCAAGACGACGUAGCACAUCGGCUCUAUAUCAACCGUGCAUUCCGCAAUGCCAUCCACGCCGCCUGCAGCAUGGCAGUGGCAUUGGCAUUCCUUCUGCCAUUCAGCCUGCCAUUCCGACCAGCAAUCCACCAGAUAUCCAUGAAGAAGAUCGACUACCAGCACAAGGCUCCGCCUCAACACCUCCCUCGAAGCGUCUACGCAAUGUUGAUUUUGACGGCCGCCACCACGUCGAGCCCACUGCCGAAGAGGCAAGCCUCGCGCCCGCAUUCCUUCUACAUGCGAGCGAGUACAGCGAUCAGCGCGCCUACAAGCAUCGAAAUGCACGCAUGAGCGCGCUUGAGCGUAUCUUCAGGGACUUCGUAAAAAGCAGCAAAGCAGACCGAGAUUCAUUGGCAGCAGAAUGGGAAGUGUCAUACAAGCCAACACCUCAUGCCUUGGAGGUCCUGCUUGCAGCACGGUACAAUGUCACACACUUGGUCGCCUGGGCUCAGAUCGAGAAUGAGUCGGAUUCUUUCGCAGCAGCAGCGAAGCUCGAGGCGCUGCUGAAGUCUAGCACAACAACACCAAUACCUCUAUUCUUAUACAUGGGUAUUGUCGACCGGCUGUAUGUCAGCGCGAAAGCUCUGCGAGUACUGCUCAGGCUUGCCUACGUGCUUUUUGACCCCAGUGAUGCACGACCGCUCCUGCAUGGCUUACGGGACGAUUCUGUCUUCAUCGCAGGAGCCGGCCUACUUCGACAUGCGCGAGAAGUCUGGCCAUCCAGUCUCACGGCGAUUGUAGAGCUGGUCGUCAAUCAUUAUCGAAAACUUGAGCUCGAUGAAGAUGCUUUACCUACAGCUACACGAAAGUUGAACAAGCUCCUGAAGCUUGUCUCAAUGUCAACGGCAGAGAACCCAUUCAGAGAUAACCACCACCAAGAAGCCGCAAUGCUGCCAAUACUACAAUUCAUGGCAGAGCACUCGCCAUCCAUGCAGAUCAACCGCGAAGGCUACAGAGCAGUGAUCAGAAUUCAGUUGGCGCAAAGAAAGACUCACGAGGAUCAGCAGUGGGCCGAGCUCAAGUCACACGCCUGGCCACCUUGGAAAGUCGAUCGCACAGCAAUGGACGAGUUCAUAGAUGUCGAGAAUUAUGGUCAAUCGAAAGCAGCAAGAACUCUUGCGCGCAUGAGAGAAGCCGGUUAUGCGCCUGAAGAGUGGGAACGCAAUGCUCAGAUCUUUGCUGGAUGGGAUGUCGACGGCACGCCGACGAUACAAACUCGCACGACUCGGGACUCGCGAACGAGCGCAUGGGCUGCCCGCAUUGAAACAACGAGGACAGUCCAGGAAGCCUGGGCGUGCUACCUCGCUUGGGAAGAGUGGGCACUGCCGCACGAUCAGGACAUAUACCUCGCGACUGCGGAGAAGCUUCGCGAAGAAGAGAGAAGGUCGCAUAAGGAGGAAGUGAAGGAGGACCGCAAUGACCAUGGAAAGGCCUGGCCUGUCUUGCCAGGAGAUGUGAGAGAAGUGGCGCCAUUGCCGAAAUCGACGCACUUGUGGACCUAUACGCGUACCAAACCACCGAGUAUGCACAGCUUCUAUUCUCACAUCUGCGCCCGGGGGGCAGUGCUGGGGAAACACGUUCUGGCCUUCUUCGUAAGCCACGCUGGUACGCCAGAGUCUGGACUGCAGUAUUUGCGAGAUCAUGUCUCUCAAUGCCCCGAGAUUGAGGGCAUUCUCAACCUGAGAUCAACACAUGAUCUGACAAGGAUUUCCGAUCCCAUCUACAAAGCUGCCAUCACGCUGUACUCCCGAAUGGGCUUCGUUCCCUCGGGAAAGCUCUUAAAAGGUCGUGGACAAGAGAUUCCAGAGACUGGUCUGAAGGCUGACUACGAGAUUGGCAUCGUCUCUGCAAUCGAGCUACUUCGCCGUCGUAAAGAUCCGCACCGAGCAUGGUAUCAUGUCGUCCUGCAGGGCCUGACUCGCGAGGACAACUUGCAGCAAAUGUCAAAACUCAAUGUCGACGAAAAGAAUGCUGUCGCCAACCAUGAUGCCCCCCUUUCCUCGGAUCUUCUGCAAUGCCAUGGCGCAGUGAUUGCCUACCAACUUGCUCUGAAAGUGCUCGACUGGCAGCGCGACCACCACAUCGAUCCCGAUUCAGGUACUUUUUACAGCUUUUGCCGAGCCGUGGAGAACUUCGCAGUGGCUGUAUGGAUUGCUGUAGAAAACGGACAGCUUAUCGGGAACCUUCACGACCGCCGAUAUUUCAAUAUUCGCCUACUUCUUCAGGACUCCCCGAAUGAGCGUCAGAGACGACAUCCAAAAAUUGCUUGUCAGGAAGAAUUCUUGCGGCUUGUCUCUCCGUUACAGGAUGAAGGCGAUACAUUGGCAGUGCCCGGCCUUCCUCGCCUACUCACAACACCCUCACCUUAUGCCUUGCACGCAUACGUCCGUGCUCUAGGCUGGCUGGGAUAUUAUGACGGACUCCUGGACCUCACGCAAUUUAUGCGCCAACAUGGAGACGAGCUGGCCAUCCGCAAAAGCCAAGAUCGAGGCGGAGAAAUGGCCAUGAGAAGGACGAUCGUGGCACUCAGAGUCUUCCUGGAGCGUAGCUGGCUUCCAAACGACAGACCAAAGGAAGAGGCGGAUGUAUCCAAGCCACCACCCCUUGAUGCUGCAACAUACGCACCUCUCGAAGCAGACUCCCGCGCACCUUUGCCAACUUCAGAACCAGAGCCAGAACCAUACAAGCUGUCAAUUCGGUAUCAGGUACAUGCUGAUCGUGCUUUGAAACUGCUUGCACAAUUCCGCGCGUCUGCGAGUGAAGAGAUCGUUACUGCCGUCCGCGAAGUCGUGGAAGAUGUCGGGGAAUGGGGUGGCUGGCCUGAUGAGAAGGAAGUAGAGAUUUAUUGUCAGGAUAAGAAGUUUACUUCGAGCCCUUUUCGGAAGUAGACAGAGCAUCUAUGCAUUCGCACAGCUG